UUUAUUUUUUGUCAUGGAGUAUGUUGUGACGGAUUCGGGACCUCUCACCCACGGACUGCCCGUCCAGAGCGACGAUGCAGCCGCCAAACAGCCUGCUAACAAAGCGGUAAAGACUUCCAUGCUGGAUGAGGAAAUACGGGCUCGCAUCCUUGCCGCCAAACAGCGUGCCCGCACGUCGCAGAGCAGCCGAAGUCGCGCGGGACAGAAGGUCUUCAGACCGCAGGGGUGGCUGAGGCCCUCGUACAAGAACAAACCGCUGAACCUGGAGAGGAGAGGGUACGAAGUGUGCCGGAAGGACGUCGUACCUGUGGUGGACACAGCCAUACAGGACUGCCGAUAUCUCAGGAUCUACAGGAUGCGGAGGACCAUAGGCAUGGGUCUGGAGGAAGUGCUGCACGAUGGUCACAACAACGUGGAGAGGAGACUGCGGGACCGGGAGGACCAGGCCCGGCGGGAGAGGGAGUGGACUCCCGCCGCCAGAGGCUUCUACAGCGACGACGAUGACGAGUUGGAGACGCUUGACGAAGAAGAGGAGCUGAGCGAUCACGAAGAAAUGAGCGACACUAACAGCCUUGCCUCUUAAUUCAGUGUUCGCUCAAAAUCACUUAGCCUGCAGAUGACAGGACUAAGCUGAUUUUACAUUGAGAUCACGAUACAAAAGAAGCGCAGAAGAUUUACGUUACUUGUAACUUUGCUUUAUGCGAAGUACACUAUUGGUCUAAACAUCAGGAAAAGCAUUGGUUAAAUCAUCACAGUGUUAAAGGUUUUCGCCAUCAUCAUGAAAAAUUAAUUGUUUGAUGUGCGUGUGUGUGUGUGUCUAUUUGUCCGUUUGUAUUUCUUUGUGGUCAUAGCUUAAGACAGUUGGAUGGAUUGUGAUGAUAUCUGACAGGAAAGGUCAGACAAAGGUCAAGGUCAAAUAUGGGCCUCUUCAUGGCUAUCAUAAAGUAUAUUGCAACAGAGCUUUCGGGUUUUGUAUCUUUCUUUUUUCUUUAUUUAUUGUCUUGGCUGAUCAGCACUCGCAGCCAGGGCUGCCCAACUAGCCUGUGGCUAUUACAAAGGGCUAGCCCUGCUGACAAAACAGAGGCAAUACAAUGGAAUUUGACAAGGA